GAUGGCGUCGAAUCAGGAAGAAACUCUGAGCAUCGAUGUAAGCGGAUUUUUCAGCGCUUUCGUGAAAGCAGACAGUGACAGUGAAACGGAAGACGACGAUGAAGUAUCCAUGUUUUGUACAGCCUGUCUGCACCCUUAUAACGGGGAGGAAAAGGGUGGAACCAUCGUUUUGAAGUGUAAACGGUGCGGUCAAACCGACACGAUUUUGGAGGAAAAAGUGGGAAAUAUCAGUCCUAGACAAUGGAUUGGCGACGCUAUGAGGAAUCGAUUUCUACAGGUGGUCAAAGAGCAAGAAAAUCUAAAACUGAACUUAGUGGAUCCAAACUUUCAAGAAGACAACUACAAAAGGAUUACACUUGCCCUCCAGGAGUAUACACACAACAUACAGGCAGUGGCUGAGUGCAUGUAUGAUGUCGUCAAACAGCUCAACUUUCCAGACAUCGAUGAUAGUCUGACUGUGAGUGUUGAACGAGAAGCAGUUGAAAUAGAAGCUAUGAGAGCAACUAACAGACUGAUAAAGAUUCACAAAGCUCUUUUGGAAAAUAGCAACAGUGGCCUUGAACCUCUUGAGAGUGAGACCCAGAUAUGUAAAAGAGGAGGGAGACGAAAAGGCGGAGUGAAAAAGGAGAUUGAAUACACUGAAUAUGACAGUGACACCAAAGCAAUUAUUGAAAUGUCAAGAGAGCAUUCUCAAACUCUUGGAAAUACUGUUCUUACACUGAUAAAUGAGCUUAUUGAUAAGUAUGAUUUACCAAAGGAUUUGAUGGAUAGAUUAGAGGAGAGGAUUAUUAAACAGUAUCAUGAGGAUAGAGAGAAAGAAAACAGGAGGGUGAAGAAAGAUAGGCAGAAACAGUUUGAAGCAGGUUUGAGUAGCAAGAAAGCUAGGAAGAGACAGAAACGAGCAAUGUAUAAGAAGAGGGCUGCUGAAGCAGAUAAGAAUAAAGAUGAUGUUCAGAGAAAAAAGGAUGAGUGCAAUGAUACAGCUGAAAGUGUUCUAGAAAAUAAGGAAGAUGCCACUGAAAAUGUCAAGGAUUCAGAGAAUGAGAAAAGUGAGACAGAUGAAAGCAUACAAGAAAAGAGGGAUAACGAUCCUUUUGUUGAGCAAUUCUUCUCAGUUUUGGAAGAGAAGUUCUCCAUUAAAUUUUAUGAAGAAGAACUGGUUACAGGUCUGAUAUCUGAUGUGACUGAUGAAGAGAUAGAAAAGAAAGAAGAAUCAGAAUCUGCUGAUAGUGACAAAGAGAAUGAUUGUAAGGGUGCUGAGGGUGGAACAUCACCAGAGAGAAGAAUUCAGAAGAGGGAAAUUUCAAUGCAGUUUAAGAAAACAAGUGAUGGGUUCAUGGUGAAUUUUUACACAUUAUCUGCAGCAUUUAUCAAUGAGCUUCAAGCAAUCAAAAGUAAGUCACUGGAAAGUAGAAAAGAGAAAGCAUUAGCAGAGCUGCAUACGCGAAUUCAAAGAAUGAAAGAUGAAAUGGAAAAGAUUGAAGACGUCGUGACAGCAGAGUUGAGCAAAGCUUAUGAGAGAAAGAUAAAGAAGUCAGUGAAGCAGCAACAGGUGAUGAAUGACAGGAAGAGGCAGCUGAAAGAUGCAAAGAAGUGGAUAGAUUUCUAUGCCAGUACAGGACAGCACGACAAGAUUAGAGAAAUGAGAGAUGAACUUCAUAGAGUUGUGGGAAAGCAAAAUUGAGGCAUCCGAUGUACAGUGUAGCUUGUCAGUUCAUUGAGCCUCUGGUAAUGAUGUUAAAUUUUGAUGCCUGGUUACCACAUAUACUUUUUGUUUCAUUUGAAAGAGUAGGAAUGGCUUAUUACUUAUUCAUGUAUGUAAAAAGAAAAACCGAAAAUUCGUUACAGACAAAAAAAGGUAUGGUAGAUGUCAAACAGCCUAAUUUUAUUCAAGUCCAAUAGACUUGUUUGUUAUAUAUUUUUCGGUAAAGAUGUUCCAAAUGAUAUCAAAAUAUAUGGGGUCACCAGGCAUCCUGCAUUUUUGGAAUGGGGCCUGGGCAUUUCUGAUUGAGAAAAAUGUGGCAUUUUGACUUAAAUUGGGAAUUUCAAUUAUGCCUAGAAAUGUACAAGAGUGCUUUAAUACAUAAACAGGAAAGAUAAAAUGAUGUGAUAAAGUUUGUUUCUUUAAUUUUGAAUUGUGCAGGUCCAUUCUGUAUCCACAAAUAUUAAUUAUAUUUUUUUUACAAAAUUGAACAAUGUUUUUUAGAAGUUUGGAAACAAGAAGGCAAAUGUUUUUAUUAACGUUGGAUGCAUUUAAAACAGUUAUUUUGCAUUUUAAUUGAAAUCAUGUUUUGUAGUUGAUUUCAUUUGCGUCAUUUAUUUGUUGAAGCAAUUUAGAUUUGAUUUGUUUUCACCUUUAGUACAAGUUACAAGGUCUGAGCAUCAUUUUUAUUCAGAGAAAUAUCCUGUAAAUUACUUUUUAGUGCAAGUGUCCCUGUUUCAAACAGUGACUGGUGUAUAUGUUUAACACUGAUGAUGCUAGCAUGCUUUUGCAUUAAACAAUGCUGUUUAAAAUAUUAAUGUAUGUGCAUAAAUAAUAUAUAUGUUGAAAAUAAAAUAUGAUGUUUUCAUGAUGCUGCAGUAAGUUUGUUAAAUCGAAAUGAAUUCUGCUCUAAUGUACAUUUUGUAAUUGUAAAUAAGUUGAAUUGAUAUUUUUGUAUAAUUGUCAAUUUUUUGAUGAAUUUAGGGCAAUUAGAAAAUGUUAAAUGCAUUUCAUUAUUUUUUUUCUGAAAUAUUAUUUGUCAAUUUCCCCUUGUAUUAUGUUUUAUUGCAAUGCGAUGGUGUUCAUUUAUCUUUCUGUUGUUAUCAUGGUAUGGUUAUGGUUUUGUUGAUUAUAUGUAGACUGUGAUUGUUGGAAUGGCACUUGAAGUGAUGUUGUUUAAAAUGAAACUCUUAUUCAAAAUCAAUACAUACACAUGUAUAACAAACAUAAAUUUUGACUGAUUGACCUUUAACUACUUACUAAAUAAUGCAUUUAUGGAUUUUUUUUACUGAUAACAAGAGUGUAACCGUGUAUUUAAUAGCAGAAAGUACAAAAAUAUUAACUGAUUGGUGAAUGCCAAAAGAUUUACUGUGGUCUACUAUAGUCUCAUAUGGUAGAAAUACCGUGUUUUAUGUUCAUUUCUUUCAAAGUAAACUCGGUAUUUUUCGACAUUUAUUCAUCCCUUUUGGAAGAUUAAAACAAUAUUAUUAAUUGUGGUAAAUUUUAUUUGGGAGUAAUAGUGGAUCUUUAAGGGUAAAGCACUUACAUUGAUACCGUUUAGGGGAAUGCUUUAAGGGGUUUGUUGAAUUUGAUCUCAUUUCAGAGCAAUAUAAUUAUAUUGGAAGCUAGUGACAGUAUUAUUGAUAUUAUUUAAGGAGCACCUCAUUUUUUUUAAUAUAAGUGGCCUUACAAUUCAUUAGACCUAAUAAAUGUGAUAUCAUGAUGUCAGGAGAUAAUGUUAGUGUUAUCAGAAAUUGUGGUAUAGUGUUAUCAAGAGGUGGUGUUGAUGUUAUCAGUUAGUGUGGGUUUAUUUUUGAUAUCAGGAGAUGUAAAGGUUGUCUUAAAAUGUAGUAUUGUUGUUGAUCCAAAAGUGCUUGAUUUCCGAAUGUGCUAUUUUGCAAUCAAAUUAUGAAAUGAAAUAAAGUCAUGAUUAUUUUCAUA